CGGGCCACUCCCGAGGCGACGGCGGCGUGGAGCCGGGCUGCGGCGGGGACGUGAGUGUCGGGGCCGCGCAGCGGCGGAGGGCUCCGCGCGGGGACACAUGCGACCUUUUGUUGUGGCGGAAGAGUUGUUGGUAAUCUUGCUUCCGCAAACCUAUACAGAUUGUGCGACAGUUAGAGUUUAGAAAAUGAGACCUUUGGGACGUCUGGUCAUCAUAAGACGGACCGGGAGCGACGGUACCCAUUUUCCCUUGUGUCGCAACACCUGCUUAUUUGGAAGGGGCAUCGAAUGUGACAUCCGCAUCCAGCUUCCUGUGGUAUCCCAACAACACUGCAAAAUCGACAUCCAGGAGCAGGAGGCACUCUUGAUUAAUUUCAGCACCACUAAUCCAACACAAUUAAAUGGAGCUCCUGUUAAUGACCCCGUAAAACUCAAACAUGGAGAUAUAAUAACUAUUAUUGAUCGAUCUUUCAGGUUUGAAUCUGGAAGUUUUCCUGAAGGAAGCAACUCCACUGAAUACCCAGAAAUACUACACAAAAAGGAAACAGUGAGACAAGUGGGAGAUGCUACUGACUCAGAAAAGCUCUCUUCUGAAAAGAAAGCCAGCAUUCCUACAAAUGCUAACACUCCACCUCAGUCCAUGGACACAGAUCUCCACCAACAGAAAUUUCCCACUCGAGUACUUUCCCAAAUGGAAAGAAAAACUCUGAAUGCUUCUCCGAGGAAGCCUCAGAUAAGACCUGGAUAUCCUGAAGUCAUUUCAUCUCACGCCAGCAGCACUGAUGAUCCUAUGUCAGAUAUCAGUGAGUUUACUUAA